GAAAAGUACACCCACUUCGUCAAAAGGAAUGCCCACUAAGAGCUAGAAUUUCAGAAACCUCUAUUUCCUCCAAGGUUCAGUUUUGCAGAGAAAUACUAGGCUUUUGCCUCCUUCUCAGGCAUACAAAGGUGAGGAGGCAAUUGGGUCUUUAGGUGUGUGGAGAGAUUGUUCCUUGAAUUCAUUGAUUCAAUCACUUCGGCUGGUGCAUGUUGAGCUUGGAGGCUAAUCCUCUUUAAGGUUGUGGCUAUUCCUUGUGCCAUUAGAUGUGAACCAGUCUAUGAUUGGGGCAAUUGUUCUUGGAAUUGGGUCAUUUUAACGAGCUGGGUUUCUUGGAUGAUUGGUACUUCCAACUGAUUGUCUGUCUGAUUAUCUUUAUAAAGUAGUUAUCUUUAAUUUUCAAGAUUCUCCAAUCACUGGUGGCUGUUUCCAACUGGUGGAGAAUUGAAAUUGCAGUCAAGGUAGAGUUUUGAUUUCUUGGAUGAGGUUGGAGUUUUGGUAUCUUGGAUGAUGUUGGUAUUUCCAACUGAUUGUCUGAUUAUCUCUAUAAAGUAGCAAUCUUAAUUUUCAAGAUUCUCUGAUCAGUUGUAGCGGUUUCCAACUGGUGGAGAAUUGGGAUUGCAGCCAAGGUGGAGUUUUGGGGGUGGUUUGGAGGGUGCAAUCAGUAAGUGUGGCGAGUACAAUUGGAGUCUUUGAAUCUGUUGAUGGCAGCAAACUUUAUGAUUCCAUUGAGACCAGAGGAGAAGGAAAUACAGCGGGCUGUGGGGUUGACUGGACCUUGGUCGAUGUGGCGGCCGCGAGUGGAAGAAGACGAAGAUUCAUGGGAAGCAAGGGCCUUUGCAGAAGAUACAGCUGGUCUCAUGGGAGGCUCUACGUGGCCGCCAAGGUCCUAUUCCUGCAACUUUUGCAGGAGAGAAUUCCGUUCUGCUCAAGCCCUUGGUGGUCACAUGAACGUCCAUAGGAGAGACCGGGCUAAGCUUAGGCAGUCUCCUCCUCGCAGCCUUAAUGCCCCUGAUAAUCAUCAUCUUCAAUCUGCAACUUUCCCAUCUCCUGUAAUGGUUCCUGUUCAAGACUUCUGUUUUCUGUAUCCUAUGCCUGGACCCAACUCAAGUUCAGAUCAGAAUCCAUUGGUAUACUCUCUUAACCCUAAUUCUUCCAUGAUUACAUCUUCCCAGCAUUUGCCACGAUCCCCUCUUAUUCCAGUCCCUUCAAGGUCAUUUAUGGCCUCUGAGGAUCCCAAUUCAAAUUCUAACAUGGUAGAGUUUUUCCCAACUUUAGGGCACCCAAUUCUAUCCUCCCCUUCCUCAUCUCCACCAUCAACACUUCUUUCAAUAUCUCCUUAUUCACCUCCUCCAUCUGAUCACACCCCACCCAUGAACAAUCUCUCCAACAGCUCUGAUUCAACUGGGAUUUCAAGGCCUCGCCGUGGCCCAAGCACAUCAAAGGCCGAAUUGGGUGCAGGAAAACAGAAACAGAUCGGGGCAUUCCAUCCAUAUUUGCCUCGUACAGAUCACAAAAGUGGAUCAAGCGACGAACGCAUCAGAUCAACAUGCAAGAACGACGACCGCCAUGCAAGAAAGUUCAGUCCGGACAGCGACAAUUCAUCACAAGACAUUGAUCUUGAACUCCGUUUGGGACAGUCAGUUUGAGUUUCUGCUAAAAAAUUUUACAUUUUACCCUCUUCUAUAUACAUAUUUAUUCAUCUUUCUGUAAUUUAAUUUCAUUGCUGUGA